AUGGCAUACACAUACGGCUUCUGCUCUUCCCCUUCCAUUUCCUUCAAUCAGAGAAGCUUCAAUCACAGUAUCGUUUCUCAAUCAAGAACACCCCAACUCCGAAUCACUCAGAUUUCUUUACAAGACUCAGUUUCUGAAGUAACCCACAACUUAGAUCCUAAAACUUCAACUCUAUCUCCAGUGACAGAUGAUAAAAAGAAAAGUUAUAUCUGGGUCAACCCCAAAAACCCGAAAGCUUCACACUUUAGGAAAAAAUCGUAUGAAUCAAGCAAUUUAGGCAGUAAACUAGGAGAACAAGAUGGUGUUAUUAUUCUCAACAACAUGUCGAACCCUCAAUCAGCACGUAUGGUGCUCAAAUACUUUCAGGAAAGAUGUAAUUUAAAUAGGGAAACUAUUCUUUACAAUGUGACAUUGAAAGUUUUCCGAAAGUCUAAAGAUUUGGUAGGUGCAGAGAAGCUGUUCGCUGAAAUGCUUCAAAGAGGCAUUACUCCUGAUAAUGUUACAUUUUCAACUCUUAUUGGGUGUGCAAGGUUGCGUUCUUUACCUACUAAAGCUGUAGAGUGGUUUGAGAGAAUGCCAGAGUUUGGAAUCCAACCAGAUAAUGUUACAUAUGCAGUGAUGAUUGAUUGCUAUGGGAGAGUUGGGAAUGUAGACAUGGCAUUAAGAUUAUAUGAUCGUUCAAGAACCGAAAAAUGGCGAGUUGACACUGUAACAUUCACAACAAUCAUAAAAAUAUACGGGUCAACAGGGAAUUUCGAUGGGUGUUUGACUGUUUUUGAGGAAAUGAAAGCUCUUGGUGUUAAACCUAACUUAGUCUGUUACAACACUUUGUUAGAUGCCAUGGGAAGAGCCAAAAGACCAUGGCUUGUUAAGUCAAUCUAUCAGCAAAUUCUAAGUGAUGGAUUAACACCUGGUUGGGCAACAUAUGCUUCUCUCAUUCGUGCAUAUGGAAAAUCUCGUUAUGGAGAUGAUGCUAUAAAUGUCUACAAAGAGAUGAAAUCAAAAGGAUUUGAAUUAAACAAUGUUCUUUACAACACCCUUUUGUCUAUGUGUGCUGACAUAGGUUUCAUCGAUGAAGCUCUUGAAAUUUUCAAUGACAUUAAAAUCUCCACAAAUUGUCAACCCGAUAGUUGGAACUUUUCAUCAUUGAUCACAAUCUUUUCAUGUUGUGGAAAAGUCAAAGAAGCCGAAGCAACACUAAAGGAAAUGAUCGAAGCAGGGUUUGACCCGAAUAUAUACGUUUUGACUUCUCUAAUACAAUGCUACGGGAAAGUCAACCGAACAGAUGAUGUGGUCAACAUGUUUGAUAAAAUCAUAGAGCUUGAUAUCACCCCAGAUGAACGUUCUUGUGGGUGUCUUCUCAAUGUCAUGACACAAACUCCUAAACAAGAUCUUCAUAAGCUUACUAAAUGCAUCCAAAAGGCGAAUCCAAAACUUGGGAAUUUGGUCACACUUUUGGUUGAUUCGAAUAUCGAAGAUGAAUCUUUCAAGAAUGAAGCUAGUGAAAUACUUGGUGACAUUGGAGAUGAUGUAAGGAAAGCAUAUUGCAAUUGCUUGAUUGAUCUUUGUAUUAAUCUUGAUCAAUUGGAGAAAGCUUGUGACUUGUUGGAUUUGGGGAUUAGGGUUGGGAUAUAUAGUGAUAUACAGACGAAAUCGAGCACAAAUUGGUGUUUGAAUUUGAAGAGUCUUUCAUUAGGAGCAGCUUUGACUGCAUUACAUAUAUGGAUGAAUGAUUUGAGCAAAGCUAUUGAAGAGGGAGAAGAGUUGCCACCUUUGCUUGGGAUUAAUACGGGUCAUGGGAAGCAUAAGUAUUCUGAAAAAGGAUUGGCUGGAGGUGUUGAGUCACAUCUGAAGGAGUUAAGUGCUCCUUUUCACGAGAGUUCUGAAAAAGUUGGAUGGUUUUUGACUACUAAAGUUGCUGUUAAGUCAUGGUUGGAAGGUAGACGUGUCAAUGUAAUGGCUGUGGUUUGA